AUUUCUCAAUUUUUUGAGGCAUUCAAAAAAUGACAAUAACAUAUUAUCGUGCUGUGUCGACUGAGUCGAUUUCCAACUUUCUAAAGAUUAUAAGACAUUGGCAUGGAUCGCUCGCGAAAUCUGUUUGGCAGGAAUUCUUGUUUUGGCUUUUUCCCUACUAUGUAGUUUGCGCCGUGUACAGAUGUGUCCUGCCGAUAAUUGGAUGGGACGAUCAGUUUAAAAAAUUCGUUGAGAUAUUGUCGACACAUCAGGAUAUGUAUAUUCCGUUGGAAUUUAUGCUUGGUUUCUUUGUCACCACUGUCAUUGAUCGGUGGAGAAAGUCCUUCCAGAACAUUCCGUACAUUGAAAGCUGUGCUUUUGCCGUCUCAGCGGCUCUUCCGGGGCACGGAGCCCUAGAGGUUUCCGCCGCUGGAAUGGAUACCAAACUCACAGCUCGACGUACAAUCAUCAGAUACCUAGUCUUAUCGCAGAUCUUGCUAUUCCGCGAGUUUUCGGUAAAAGUGAAGAAACGAUUCGUCGAUUUGAGGAGCCUGGUAGAUUCCAAAUUUCUGACUGAGAAUGAGUUAACAGAGCUAUCAGAGGAGCUUAAAACUAAGCGUUAUGACAGUUACAUUUUGCCGAUUAACUGGGCUUUUUCGAUUCUUCGGACUGAGAAAUUGAAUUCAAACCCUCAAUUCAUGAAUGCAUGGAAUGUGAUCAACGAUUGGCAAGUGAAACUGACACUUUUGCGAAACGGAGACUUCAUUCCGAUUCCAUUGGCGUACCCUCAGGCUGUGUUUCUUGCUGUUCGAUUCUACUUCCUGGUCUGUCUGUUCACAAGGCAACACCUCGAUUUGAGUGAUCACCAUGCGAUUGAUUACUUCUUCCCACUGCUGACCUCAUUUCAAUUCAUCUUCAUUGUGGGAUGGAUGAAAGUCGCCGAAAUCCUGCUGAAUCCGAUGGGAGAGGACGACGAUGAUUUCGAGUUGAACUACGUCAUCGAUAAGAAUUUCUACAUUGGAAUGACAAUCGUGGAUUCCAAGGAUAUCGAGCUUACGGAAAAUGAUGAGAUUCCGGAUAAAAUUGGUGAAGACUGUCUUCCAUUUUAUCGAAAGGAUUGUGAAGAGGAUGCGAUCAAAAAUCGAGCACUUGUGGGGUCUACAAAGAAUACUAUGCCGAAUCAAGGAGUGAUGGAUAAAGUUGAGGAAAAUUCUAUCCAGGUUGUGGACGAUAACUGGCGUGAUUACAAUGAGAAUCAUUCGGACACUUCGAGUAUCUUGGAAGGAAGUCAGGAGGAUUUUGCUGACGACUUGGCCGCAUAGGCUAUCAACUUCUACUAGUACUUUCACAAAAUAUUAAUCAUCAUAGUAAAUAAAAUGUUUUAUCAAA